GACCGGCGCAUUAUGUGCACAACGUACAACGCUGUGCAGCAGCCCCUGCGAGCGAACCGGUCGCAAAAAGCUGCCCCCGGCCUCGGCACGUCCGCCCGCACGCCGUCGGCGCGACGCAGCCCAGGAGGUGCCUCAACCAUGCGACUUUGCGCUGCAGUGCUCGCCGCCGGGCUCGUCGGCGGCGGCCGCGCGAUGGACGACAACACGAUCAAAGCCGCCGUGGAAUUGUGGGAGUCCGAUCCCGCCGCCGCCGAGGCGACGUACGGCCACAUUUCUUCGUGGGACACCGCGGACGUGGUCGACAUGGAGAAAUUGUUUCAUUUUUCGACUGACUUCAACGAGGACAUCGGCGCGUGGAACACGUCGAGCGUCACGUCGAUGAACCGCAUGUUCUGGUACGCCAUCGACUUCGAUCAACCGAUCGGUGCUUUCGCCGCGUCCGAGUCCUCUGCGCCGCCGGGAGCCGAACCCGCGCAGGCGCCUGGGACGUCCGCAAGGUCAAGGACUUUGAGUGCAUGUUCUGCUACGCGGAGGUGUUCAACCAAGACAUCGGUGUUUUGCGGCGUCCUUUUUGUUUUUGGACUUGGUUACGAGCACGCCAUCGCUGCAAUCGGACUUUCGUCACCUAUACGCUAUCGACGCAAUUCUCCUUCGACGAGGACAUUGGCGCGUGACCAGCACGCCAUCGCCGCGACAGUCCGAGCUGAGAAAAAUACCCACCAGCACGCCAUCGCCGCGAUCUCGGACCCGCGCAGGUGACUGGCGCGUCGACAACGCCGAGACCAUCGACCGCAUGUUCUACGGCGCCUCGGCCUUCGACCAGGACCUCGGCUGGUGCACGCUCGCGACCGUGGACCGGGCGUUUCACACCUCCCCGUGCCAGUCGAACGACUGUGUUUUGCCGUGUCCUGCGUUUCCCUUCCUUUGUUUGUUCUCUGUCGCGGUGACUUUGCGCCGGCGCCCGUGGCGCGGAGCCUACGGCCACGCCUCCGACGAGAGAAAUACCCCCAAACGCCAUCGACGCGGCCUCACGGCGUCGCGUACGCGCGCAGGCGGCGUCCUGCGCGGCGUCCGUGCCGAGGACCCCGGGGCGCUCGGAGCGUGCGAGCCCGAGAAGACGCCGGCGCCGACGCCCGACCCGGAGGGGCGAGUCUGCAACGGCGGCCCCUACGACGGGCGGAGGUGCCAAAAUCACGGUUUUUGUCAGCAACCGGACCCAAAUCAGCCGGACCUAGAUGCGUGCGACGACUGCAAGUGCAUUACGAGGAAGGAUAGCGACGGGGCGGCGCGGACUUCUGCUGGUGGCUGCUUUUUUGUUUUUGUCUUGGGGGUUUUGUUUGGGGUAAGUUGAGGUUGAGAACCCCCUAUACGCCAUCGACGCGACGCGACCGAGAAUCUGAAUCACUGGCACAAAACAUCAUUACAUACUAGACAGCCGGGCCGCGCGC